GCUGGGCGCAGAGCCGGGCAUCGGGGCGGAGGAGACCCGAGGGGACCCAGGCAGGUGUCUGCGCCACGCGCCGCGCUAUCGCUCCAUGCCCCAAGGCGAGGAAGUGCUGGACCUGCCGGUGUGGCACCGCGUCCGGGGCCUGGCCUGGGAGCCGCGCCACAGAAGUGCAAUGGCACCUCUUGAUGCUGAGGUGAAAGAAGAAUGUCUGAGGGAAGACCUGAAGUUUUACUUCAUGAGCCCCUGUGAAAAAUACCGAGCCAGACACCAGAUUCCGUGGAAACUGGGCUUGCAGAUCUUGAAGAUAGUCAUGGUCACCACACAGCUUGUUGGAUUUGGCUUAGGUAACCAGUUGGUGGUUGCUUUCAAAGACGAUAACACCGCUGCUUUCAAGCACUUGUUUCUGAAAGGAUAUCGUGGUGUAGAUGAAGAUGGUUACAGCUGUAGUGUAUACACUCAGGAGGACACCUAUGAAAGCAUCUUUUUCACUAUAAAUCAGUAUCAUCAUCUAAAGAACAUUUCCCUGGCGACCCUUGACUAUAGAGAAGAUGAAGAUGAUAGAAUAGGCUUGAAAGUCUGUAAGCAGCAUUACAAGAGAGGGACCAUGUUCUCCUUUAACGAGACCCUGAAUAUUGACAGUGACAUCGAAACAGAGUGUAUUCACCUAGACCUCCAGGCGCUCUCCAGGAACCCUGAGGACUGGGCACAGCACUCCUUCUUCAGGCUAGAAUUUUAUCGGCUCCUACAAAUCGAAAUCUCCUUUUCCCUCAAAGGCAUUGACCUGCAGGCGAUUCAUUCCCGUGAGUUACCUGACUGUUACGUCUUUCGGAAUACGGUUACCUUUGACAACAAAGCUCACAGUGGAAAAAUCAAAAUCUAUUUUAACAGUGAUGCGGACAUUGAAGAGUGUAAAGCUAUGAACAUAUCUGGGUCUAUUCAGAAAAGCACUCAGUACGUCCUGGUGUUUGAUGCUUUUGUCAUUGUGAUUUGCCUGGCAUCCCUUAUCCUGUGCUCGAGAUCUGUUGUUCUUGCUCUAAGGCUGAGAAAGAGAUUUCUAAACGUCUUCUUGGAGAAGUACAAGCGACAUGUGUGUGAUGCUGACCAGUGGGAGUUUAUCAACGGAUGGUACGUCCUUGUGAUUAUCAGUGACCUCAUGACAAUAAUUGGCUCCAUAUUAAAAAUGGAAAUCAAAGCCAAGAACCUCACAAAUUACGAUCUGUGCAGCAUUUUGCUCGGGACAUCUACGCUCUUUGUCUGGGUUGGAGUCAUCAGAUACUUGGGUUAUUUUCAAACAUACAAUGUGCUCAUUUUAACGAUGCAGGCCUCGCUGCCCAAGGUUCUCCGGUUCUGUGCGUGCGCUGGCAUGAUCUAUCUGGGUUACACCUUCUGCGGCUGGAUUGUCUUAGGACCCUAUCACGAGAAGUUUGAAAAUCUGAACAUAGUAUCCGAGUGCCUGUUUUCUCUGGUCAACGGUGAUGACAUGUUUGCAACCUUUGCUCAGAUCCAGCAGAAGAGCGUCUUGGUGUGGCUGUUUAGUCGCCUCUACCUCUAUUCCUUCAUCAGCCUCUUCAUAUACAUGGUCCUCAGCCUUUUUAUUGCUCUUAUCACAGAUUCUUAUGACACCAUUAAAAAAUACCAGCAGAAUGGGUUUCCUGAAACGGACCUGCAGAAAUUCCUGAAGGAAUGCAGUAGUCAAGAUGGACACCAGAAAGAGCCGUCAGCUUUGCUAUCCUGUGCCUGCUGUCUGAGGAGGAAAGGAAGUGAUGACCACUUGAUACUCAUUAACUGAAGCUUUUCUGCUAAGGACAAUUAAGUUCAGACUCUUUAUCCAGUGGUGAUGCAAAGACUCCAGAGAGAUCAGCAGGUCCCAAAGGACUGUCUUAUUGAAUUGUAGGUCCAGAAAGAGGAGUGACUGUCAGCUGGCUGACUUGGAAGUUCCAAAGUUACUUUUUAUAAACUUGGAGGAUGGAGAAUGCACCACAACUCACUGCUGGGAAUUAGUGUAAUGGAGCUGUGAACAAAAUUCCCCACUGGUCUGCUGAUUUGUGGCAUCAUACUGUUGCGAUGCAAAAAUAUAAAAAUAAAACUUUAGCAUGUACAAGCAAUAUUUAAAGCUAAGUGAAGAGGUGUGCUUAUUGUCAGAUCAGGCUCAUUUUAAAAUGUGAUCCCUGGGUUUGAAGACAUUUGUUGAUUCAUUCUCAGUACAGAAAUAUAUUUGAUUUCAGUACUAAAUUACGACUUAAAGUUGGAUAACUGUUGAGCCAUGCAAAGCUCACACUCAAAUAUUAAUGAGAGACAUCUGGAAGAAUUCAUUUCUUGGCUGAUUGUACUGCAAGCUCUCCUCAGCUCGAGUGUUGCGUAGUCUGUAUGACCAGCUGGGAGCAGAACAUCUGGACGUCUCUCCAGCUGUCCUAACCCUGGACUCUCCACACAUGAAGAGUGGCACUAAAGUAACCAUGGCCGCGUGAUCUCCUCUGUGGUGGGGGUUUAUCUUUGUGAAGCAAGGAAACAUGGGGCAUUUUCCUCAAAUAAAUUUUUCAUCAUUCCAUA